AUGAUUGAAAAAGUUCUUUUCAAAUAUGGGAAACGAAUGUAUUUUAAAGAUGCGCUGCUACGACAAGUAAGUGUAGAAAAUAUAAUACGCAUAUAUAACAAUGAAAUGAAAUGAAAUGAAACGUAAUCCUUGUUAUUCCAUGAAUUAGGCGCAACAACAGUUUCGUAACAGCGAUACAGCUACAGAUAAUGCCAAGACCGAUGCCAUCGUUGGUGCAGGAAAUCCCUCUUUCUUAGGAAUACAAACUAUAUUCACCAGCGAAUUAAAAAUUACCGACGAACGAUGUUACGAUCCUUUACCGAUAUUUAGAAUUUUAAACCCAUCGCACGAACGCGUACAAUUACCAGAGGAUUUCAAGUUGGAUGAAAAUACUUUAACUAAAAUAUAUCGUAAAAUGGUUACGCUAAAUAUAAUGGACAAGAUCCUGUAUGAAUCUCAACGACAAGGACGUAUAUCAUUUUACAUGACUAAUACGGGAGAAGAGGCAAUCCAGAUUGGUUCUGCGGCUGCUAUUACACUGGAAGACGUUAUAUAUGCUCAAUAUCGUGAAGCAGGUGUUUUGUUGUGGCGUGGACACACUAUCGCAGACUUUAUGAAUCAGUGUUACGGUAAUCACAAAGAUGCUGCGAAGGGAAGGCAAAUGCCUGUUCAUUAUGGAUCGAAAAAAUUGAAUUUCGUUACUAUUUCAUCUCCUUUGACGACGCAACUACCUCAAGGUAGUAUCGCACGGUUUCUCCUUAUUCUGCUUCGAGUUGUACGACAAUUUUUUUCAAUAACUCAACAGAACUCUUUAGCCGUAGGUACAGCUUACGCGCUCAAGCGAUCUAAAAGAAAUGCAUGUGCAGUUUGUUACUUUGGCGAAGGAGCUGCUAGCGAAGGAGAUGCUCACGCAGCUUUCAAUUUUGCUGCUACUUUGGACUGUCCGAUCUUUAAAGGUGAUGGGAUCGCAGCAAGAGGACCGGCGUACGGGAUACCAACGAUCCGCGUAGAUGGUAACGACGUCCUUGCUACGUACCAUGCAACAAAAGUUGCUCGUGAAUUUUCCAUUCGGAGCAAGAAACCCUUUCUGAUCGAAGCCAUGACUUAUCGCGAUGAAAUAGCCUAUUGGAAUCAUUACAUGCCGAUUAUUAGAUAUCACAAUUACUUGGAGUCGAUUGGUUUGUGGUGUGAACGACGAGAUACAGAGUUAAAGAAACACGUAAAAAAUUCCGUUUUGCUUGCUUUUGCGGAAGCAGAAAAGGAACGCAAAGCAUGCUGGAAAGAGCUAUUUACAGAUGUAUAUCGUACAAUGCCAAAGCAUAUAAGGUUCGUUUAUUUUUUCAUUGGAACGGCAAUACGUCGUUCUUUGAAAUAUUUUACAAGUGAAUAUUUCAAAUUUCUUUCAUUGCGAAUGUAUUUUUUAAAUUUCAGUAAACAAAUGUACUCUAUGGAGAAACAUGUUGGGGAAUUUCACAAACGUUAUCCCUUGCACUCUUUCGAACAAGCUACU